AUGCAAUUUGGGGUUGUGACAAAUAGCUCCGUAGAGUUUAAAAAAGUUCCCCAUUACUCAUUAUUCCUCGCUCUCACUCUCUCCAAUGGCGACCACCAACGGCUUUCUCAGCAGCCCCUCCGACAAGUCUCGCAAACACCCCACCCCAUCUCCGCCGACUCCUCGGCUCGCUCCUUUCGGUUCGAGGCCUACAAACUUCUCCAGGCGGCGGCGGCGGUCUUCGGGGAGGAGCUGCCGAUCCCAGAGAUCGUGGCCCUGGGUGGCCAAUCCGACUGCAAGAGCUCUCUCCUCGAAGCCCUCCCUGGGUUCCGCUUCAAAGUCCGCGAGGUCGAGAUGGGCACCCGCCGCCCCCUCAUUCUCCAGAUGGUCCACGACCCCUCCGCCCUCGAACCUCGCUGCCCCUUCCAGGUUGACUGGCUGAACAAGAUUAUUGCACAUAUUUUGCCUUAUCUGCACAAGGAAGAAGGAACUAGGGAGCUGCUUGUCCAGAAUAAAACAAAACCUAUAAAUUGGCAUACACAAGUAUUAAACAAAACCUACAAACAGAACUAGGGAGCUACCUGUUGUCUCCUUGCUGAGGGCUCUUCUGUCUCCAUUAUGCUUCCAGUCUUCAAUGUUUACUAAGAACUUAAUAUUCUUGAAGUAUUCUCAAGAAUAAGAAAAAGUAUUGUGAGGAGCAAGUUGAGAAGCCCACACUCUUGGUUAUAUUUAAUAAUUGGUGAGAAGAUCUGAAGGUUUCAUAAUCUUUGAGGCUGCACGUUUUUCAUUAAGGAGCAAGAAUAAAAGAUUUUGCCCAAAACCCAAGGAGUGGCCGAAACACCAAGAGUUCAGUGGCAGGUGUGGACCAAUAUUUGAAUGCAAGCGGUUACCUGGGAGAUAACAUUUGCCCAUUUUUUUUGUGGCCAAAGGACCGGAACACCAUUUCAAAUGGUGAAUUCCACAGGCAAAUAUCUCAGGUGGACUCAGAAGUUCUAUGUCAUCUUCACGAGGGUGUCCAGGGUGGAUUUGAUGAGGAAAAGUUCAAGCCUUAUAAGUUUGGCCGUCUGCAGUGAAGUUACGACUGAUGUAGCCAGAAUGGACUCUAAAAUUCAGGCUACUUCUGAUAUUGCUCAUCUUAGGAGAUCUGCAAUGUUGUAUGCAGCUUCUAUAAGCAAUCAUGUGGUGGGCAAAAAUCGCUCUUAAGAUUUUUUAAAUUCUGUGUUAAGUCCUACACUAUU